AUGAAAUCUAUAACAGGUCAUCCUCUAAUCAUCGUUACUGAAGAAGAUGUUGAAAAAUCACGAUCAUUAUGUGGAGUUGAACAACCAGAACGAAUAAAAGAGAGCUUGGAUUCUAUCGAUGAAUGGUGUAAGAAACAAGAUCAUCUCGUAGAAGCAUACAAUAAUUUAGAUCGUAAUAUGUUGGAAAGAUUAUUUCUAUUAGCGCGUGGAUCUGUAGAGGCCACGAAAACUAGACUUGAUAAGAUACUUACUUCUAGAGGAAUGAUGCCAGAACUCGUACUGAAUAGGACUUUAGAAGAAUUUGAUGAACUAUUACAAGGCUUGUUAUAUACUCCACUACCAAGACUAUAUUCAGUCGAUCAGUCAAGGAUCAUGGUGACACAAUUUUUUCCAGGAAAACUGGAUAACUUUAAUUUGCUAAGUUACUUGCGAUAUUGUUUUAUGAUUGGUGAAUAUAGAUUGUAUUACGACUACUGUUUGUCAGAAAGGUACAUAGUCGACUUGGCCAAUGUAAAUUUGAGCCUUUUAAGUAAAAUUAAUCCAGUUAUUUUAAAGAAAGGUGAAAUACUAUGCAGUGAAGGUCUCGGUACAAAAAUUAAAGGUAUACAUAUUAUAAAUGCCCCACCAUACGUGGACAAAUUUCUAUUUAUACUGAAACAAGCGCUGAGAGAAAAAGUAGCCAGUCGAAUACACGUCCACAGUUCGUACGAAGAUCUAAGACAACAUUUACCUAAAGAGAUCCUGCCAAUGGACUAUGGUGGUGACGAGCAAUAUGUUGAAAAAUUAGCUUCACAAUGGAGAGAAGAACUUACAACUAAGAAAGCAAGGCAAAUAAUAAAAGAUAUGGAUAAGUUGGUGAGCGACGAAACAAAACGAACUAGUUCUAAAUUUAAUGAAGAAUAUAUGGGAAUGCCGGGAUCAUUCAGAAAAUUAACAGUUGAUUAAUUAUAAGAAGCUACGU